CUCUCCUCUUCGUAUACCACCACAACUCCCUCCUCUCGCCAAUCGGAUCAUCUCGGCAAGCCUUGUUGUGCUGCUAGUAAUCCUAACAAGAUGGGUAGAAAUGGCAUAUUCGGUCAAUUGAGCGGGAUAGAUGCUUUUGGAAAAACGAUGGACGAUGUUCGAAUUCGAACGAAUAUUGGUGCAAUGAUUACGUUGACAUCGUUUAUUUUGAUCGUAUUUUUGACAUUAGGAGAAUUCAUUUCUUAUCGUAAAAUUCACGAAAAGACUGAACUUAUCGUCGAUGUUAGCAGAGGUGAAAAACUCACAAUCAAUAUGAACAUGACUUUUCCACGUGUGCCUUGUUAUCUUCUUUCGAUCGAUAUUAUGGACAUCAGCGGUGAAAGUCAAAUGAACUUGAUGCACGAUAUCACAAGGACAAGAUUACAUGCAAAUGGAUUACCAGUACCCGAUGGUCAAACAUCAACAAUGCAUCUAAACGGACCAGUCGAACGUGUCGCAAAGACACAUGAUCAAACAUAUUGUGGUUCCUGUUAUGGCGGAGAACCGGGAGAAAGUGGAUGCUGUAACACUUGCGAAGAAGUGCAAGAGGCAUACGUAAGAAAAGGUUGGAGCUUUGGUGACCCAGAGCAUGUAGAUCAAUGUGUCAAAGAGCACUGGUCAGACAAGAUUAAAGAACAAGCAACCGAAGGCUGUAACGUUGCCGGAAAAGUACACGUUAACAAAGUUGUGGGUAAUUUGCACAUGUCAACCGGAAGAGCGUUCCAAAGAAACAGUCAGCAUAUGCACGAUCUGGUACCUUACUUGGCCGGCAAAGGUGAUAAUCAUCACGAUUUCGGACAUCACAUUCAUGAAUUCUCAUUCGAUGAUGAUAGCGCUUUCAAAUGGUCAAAUGCAGAUCGAUUGGCCGCUCGUAAAUUGAUGGGAAUCGUUGAUCCUCUUUCUGGCGUGAUGAUGCAUACAGAAAAGAGUCAAUUCAUGAUUCAAUACUUCUUGAAAGUUGUGCCAACCGAAUUACGUUUAAAGAGCAAGCAUCUUUUGAAAGGACAUCAGUACAGCGUUACUUCUUAUGAACGUGACCUAGACAUGUCUCCAGGCCAUCUACAAGUAGCAGCAAAAAAGCAGAAAGAAGUUCCAGGAAAGGUGCAACAUGGAUUCAUGGGAAUGCCCGGUGUCUUUUUCAAUUUUGAUAUUAGUGGCUUAAAGAUGGUUAGAGUGGAAUAUCGUAAAUCUCUCUCCCACUUUUUGACAUCUACCUGUGCAAUUGUUGGAGGAAUUCUUACCGUGGCAGGAAUCAUAGACGCAGCCGUUCAUGCCAGCAGGAUUCGAAUGGGUAUUCAAAGCGCAUCAGGAGGUGGUGCAAAUCAUUGGGAAGGCGGCGGCAUUCGAUUGGGAGGUAAACUAGUCUAGCUUUUUUGCGUAAGAAUUGCUUUCUUUUUUUCCCCAAUUCAUCAUCUGUAUCACUUUUCAACAAUUAAUCUUGUACACGAAUGAAAUAUUCAAACUUGAUCCGAAUAAUGAUGUAAGAAUGACAAUUCCGUGUUAUUUACAGAGUGUGGGUAAUAUAUACAAUAAU